AUGGCUCCCUGUGGCUCCAAGAUGUCGAGCCCCCGCGGCAUCCUUGUCCGCGCCUUGAUCUCCCUCACCUUGUUUGGCACCGCGCUCGCCCGUCCGGCUCACGCCCGCGGGGCCCUGGUUAAACGACAGGAGGAGCUGCACGACGAGUACGACUUCAUCGUCGUUGGCGCCGGUACGGCGGGCUUGACGGUGGCUGAUAGGUUGAGCGAGGAGGGCAAAUACACCGUUUUGUGCAUCGAGUACGGCUACCUCGACUCCUCCACCUCCAUCACCACCGUGGGGCCGGGCUCCCGCCGCGACCAGUACCCCUCCGCCACGCGCUAUUAUAACAUCACAUCCGUGCCCCAGCCGGGACUCGCCGACGGCCGCAAGGCCGCCAUGGCCGGCGCCGUCGUCGGUGGCAGCUCCGCCGUCAACGGCAUGUUUUUCGACCGCGGGUCCGCCGAGGACUACGACAUUUGGGUACGUGCUGCCGGCGAGUGGUCGGACGCGUUCGCCGAGCACUGGGGGUGGGACAAUAUCCUGCCCUACUUCCAAAAGAGCGUGACGUUCCAUCCGCCGUCGGAGGAGAUGGCGGAGCAGUACGGCAUGACGCACGAUGCCGAGGCUGCGUAUGGCGGAUCGACGCCGAUUCACUCGAGUUAUGCGCCGUAUCAGUGGGAUGUUCAGCAAUACAUCUGGGAGGGCUUCAAGCACAUUGACGGCGUCGAAUUCCCCGUCGAGGGAGCCGACGGCCACGCCGUGGGCGUCUUCUGGUGCCCCAACUCCAUCGACCCGUCGACCCGUACCCGCUCCUACUCCAAGAUCGGGCACUACGACACCGAAGACGGUCCGGGUCCCGCCUACCGCACCAACUUCCACCUGCUGCCCGCGCAUCGCGUCACCCAGGUCAUUCUCGAAGAAGCCGAGGACGACGAGGGCGUCUCCGCCUGGGAGGCCAAGGGGGUCCUCUUCACCCCGCGCGACGGGCCCAUGCCCAAGAAGGCGUGGUCCGUCAAGGCGAGGAAGGAGGUCAUUGUCUCGGCCGGCGCCCUACACUCCCCUCAGGUUCUGCAGAGGAGCGGCAUCGGUCCCAGCGACAUCUUGGAAGCCGCGGGCGUUACGCCCAAGGUUGUCCUGCCUGGCGUGGGUUGGAACUUCCAGGAUCACCCCAACUACGGCAUGACGUUUGAGUGGACCAAAGAAGACCUCGGCCCCACGCCCGAAGACUUCCAGACCAACCCCGAAUUCCUCUCCCUCGCCGACGAGCUCUGGGCCGCCAACCAAACGGGCCCACACUCCGCCUACGUCAACAGCGGCGCCUUCCUACCCUUAUCCGUGCUGACCGAGAACUACCUCUCCAUCGUCGACGCCAUCGCCGCCCAAAAGGCCGAGGACCAUCUCCCCGAGGGUCUCGACCCCACGCUGUACGCCGGCUACCAGCAGCAGCUCCGCAUCCUCGCCCAGACGUACAACUCCACCGGCACCGCCGUCCUCGAGCUGCCCUUUUCCGGCCGCUCCAGCUUCAGCCUCGUGAACCUGCACGAGCUCAGCCGCGGCUCCGUCCACAUCAGCCCCGACGACGACGGUACCUCGGACACGGGCCGCGGGGAUGCCGAGCCCGUCGUGGACUACCGCGCCCUCGUCAACCCCGUCGAUAACGAGGUCAACGCCAUCAUGGUCGCCUUUGUGCGUCGCUUCUUCGCCUCCGAGGCCAUGGUCGAUGCGCUCGCCCCCGUCGAGGUACGCCCCGGCCUCGAGGAGUAUCCGGAUGGCUCCGACGAGCUCGACGGCUGGCUCCGUAGGACUAUUACCCCGAGCACCGGCCAUCCCGUCGGUACCUGUUCGCUCGGGCCCCUGGAACUCGGCGGUGUUGUCGGGCCCGAUCUCACCGUCUACGGUACCAGGAAGCUGAGUAUAGCGGAUAACUCGGUCAUGCCCCUCAUUCCCGGCACGCAUACCAGCUCUACGGCCUACGCUAUUGGCGAAAAGGCUGCCGACCUCGUCAAGGAGAGGGCCGGCUGGUGGAAGGAGACGUACGAAGUCCCUCCUCCUCCCAAGGAGUCCGAGGAGCCAGUCGAACCCGUCGAGCCUGAAGAGCCAGAGGAGUCUGUCGACCCCGAGCCAGAGGAGUUUGUCGACCCCGGCAAGCCCUACGAUGAGGAUGAGACGCGCGGUUCCCCGCCCGUCGAGCCCUAG